ACAAAUCAAUAAUUUUAUUUUUCUUUCUGGUGAAUUCAUCAUUAGUCCAUGUGCAAUCAAAAUAUUGUAGGUUGAAACUGUAGCAAGUAGUUGUAUGAGCACUGUCCACCUGUACUGGUCAGGAACGUUGGAUGUUGUGCAGGUGUGCACCGAGGACAUUCUGUAGGUGUUUACAUAGACAAUACCAUACAAGCAGCCAGUGAAACAUGAUCAAAAAAGCCCUUGUGAAGUCCAGUCUGUUUAACUUUCACUGACCUCGACUCUCAGCCCAAAUGGACAGCCAUCGUGUGCUUGCCUUUAUGUAUAUAUCACAACACCUUUUUUCAACCUCAAUGACUGUUUGUCACUGUCGUUAAUGUUUCAGACACUCCAAUUUGAUCCUUUUGUCCAGGUGUCAGUUUAUUUUACCUCCCUUCUUCAUUUACCUGAUAAUUUAGUAAUUUUUGAAUUGUGUUUUUUGCCAGUCUGAGGCCUGAUGGCUUGAGGCUGUUUGGGUUUCAGCGACAGACGCUUGUCAAAGUGAUGAGAGUUCAUCAUGAGUAAGUACAAUAGUGAAGUUUUUCUAGUAGAGCCCCGCUCGCCACAAGCCGUGUUUGCAGUAUGACAGCCCAUCAAGACAGCGGCUCUCACAAAGGCUUUUCACCACAAUAGAGAAUUAAGUGAAUUUCUGCCUCUGAAACCAAGUUUGGACAGUUCGCAACAUGUCUGUCAAUAGUUGACCAUUGUACGCGAACGUUUGCUGUGUCUACAAUAAAGGGGGGUAAUACCUUUGCUUUUCCCUUGUUGUUUAUUCGUUGAUUAUUGACAACUGAAUUUUUGGCGAAUUGAUCAGAUUUUCGGGGAUUUAGAACAGUACUGAGCAUUGUCUUAGUCAGUGAUGUGGUGAGGCUUCGUACAGCUCCUUAUGAAUGUUUCAACUAAAUAGUCGGCGAGUGACAAAGAAAUUUGGUUGCCCUAUGUCAUUGAUGGGUUAGAGCUUGAAGACAGCCUCCUGCCGGGAACUUUUAUAUUGUUCUAGAGUGGGAACGCUUUUCAAUAGUGUUGAUGUGAAACUUCUUGUCUCUAUUCAUUGACUUGUUACCCAAAAAUGGAUUAGAACUCUGAGCUCAUAGUGUGAAACUGAUUUUGAAGUGUGACGAAGAAGGCCCAUAAUCAAAGGAUUGUUGUAGUGGGAGCUUCUGUAUAGAGCUCAGUGGAUUAGAUGCCGCUUUGUGGAGUUAAUAGAUUUGUUACGCUUCAUUAAUUACACUUUCCCUGAUUGCUUCCACGUUGAGUUCAAUACACAGGUCAUGUGGUGAAGUGGACCUGUCCUCACCAAGUCUCAAACAUACCCUAGAUCACUGUACUAUCUUCCAGACGAGUUAUCAAGGUGAAUUACAGAGAGGGGGUUUCUGACGCCAUACAGUUCCAUUCUAUAGACGCGUCGUGAUAGCCUUUGAUCCUCAACGAACACCUGGAUGUGGAUUGCUGACCAAGAAUUGGCUCCUAAAUUGGGCAGAUCUAAUUGUCUCCUCAGAGCGGCUAUCAGCGAGGCGUGGGCUGCACUCGAACAUGACAGCAGGUGAUGCAGAGAUGCGGCGACGUCUUUAGCAACGGCACAGAUUGACAGAGUUACAGUUGGGGUGAAGUGUACAGCUGAAUUGACAACACUGAAGAGGAGAUACUACAAAUGAGAUAAUUCACUUUCGGUAAAAAAAUAUAUUUUUCAAGAUGGAUGCAAGUAGAUUAAGACUUGUAGUUUUGGUGGUGUUUUCUGUGAUUGUUUUUGUGGCUGGCCAGGAUGCAGAAUAUUCAAUACCAGAAGAAGUGAGAGUUGGCGAGGUGAUCGGAGACAUCCCCCGCGACACCAACCUGAACGUGAAUCCAGAUGAUCAGCUACAGUUCAGUAUCCUCACUGAAGGCAAUCAGCACAGUGAACUCUUCCUCAUCAACACUGCAGGCAUUCUCUCAGUUAAGACAAGAAUUAACAGAGAAACACUCUGCCCAUUCCAGGUAACUUGUGAUAUUCAAAUUGAAAUUAUAGCCAGGUCAACAGUGUCAGAUAUUUUUCGCAAUUUGAAAAUAGAGAUCACAGUGAAAGAUAUUAAUGAUAAUGCACCAAAGUUUCCAGUCCAGUCUCGGAAUAUAGAAAUUCCUGAAUCAUCAACUGUCGGAUCUUCUUUUUCUCUCCCUGGUGCCUCAGACAAUGACACUGAUCCCAAUAACUCCUUACAGAGUGUGGAAAUUGUUCCAAGCAAUGUGCCAUUCCGGGUAGAAUUCACCAAGAAUCUUGAUGGGACAUCCGUGGUCCUGAUCAUUGUGACAGAGAAAUUAGAUCGUGAGACUCAGAAUACGUACAGCGUGAAACUGAUAGCUGAAGAUGGAGGAGCGCCACCUCUCAGCAGCAGCAUGGAUGUUCAGAUCAGCAUCACCGAUGUUAAUGACAAUUCUCCUGUGUUCAGCCAUUCCAUAUACAAUGUCACCAUCAAGGAAAACACCAAUUUAGAAAUGGUCAUUCUACAAGUGACAGCCACUGAUAAUGAUGAAGGUGAAAAUGGCAAUGUUUUUUACAGACUGAGUUCACAUCAAGCUGAUGAAAUACAUCGUUAUUUUGCAAUGGAUGUCAUCAGUGGAAACAUGGUUCUAAAGCAACAACUAAAUAGUGGUCAUGUCAAGGUCAUCAUUGAAGCCAGUGAUCAAGGCACACCACCAAAAAUAUCACAAGCUUUCGUAGAGGUUGAAAUACUCGACACAAUAAACAACCCACCAGCUGUAACUAUCAAUAUUCUUUCUGAGACUGGGAAUGCAAAAGUCAAAGAAUCUGUACGCAUUGGUUUCCCAGUGGCUCACAUAAAGAUUCAUGACCCUGACACUGGUGCUAAUGGCAUAGUUACAUGUUUCAGUCAAACAGCAGGCUUUGAUCUGCAGCCUCUUGACGACAAGGAAUACAAGGCUGUUGUAGCCAAACUACUGGACUAUGAAACAACUAAACAUUAUAAAGUGACAAUUUUCUGCCGAGAUGCCGGUAGUCCUACACUUAAUGCCUCGGCAGAGUUUGGGGUGGAUGUUUUAGACGCUAACGACAAUUCCCCUGAGUUCAUGCAGAAUGAGAUCGUACUGAACAUUGCUGAAAACAAUGCAGUGGGUGACAUGAUUGUCCAACUUGGUGCUACAGACAAGGAUUCAGGUAUCAACAAAAAAUUAACAUUUUCUGUGUUGAAAGAGGCAAGCAUUAAUUUCACUGUUGACUCCAAUAUCCCCAUCGUCCGAACAAAGAUCAGAUUUGACAGAGAAGACACUGUACAGUAUAGGUUCCAUGUUCUGGCCAUUGAUGGCGGUGUGCCUUCAAGAACAGCCACAGCAACCAUCACCGUCAAUGUCCUGGACAUCAACGAUGAGCAGCCUCUUUUCCUGGAGACUGAGUACAGGUUCCACAUGUCCGAGAACCUUCCCUUGGGUAUGGGAGUGGGGAACGUGUCUGCCUUCGAUCGGGACACAGAAGAUGGGGGCAUAUAUACCCUUAAACUCUCACCGCUCUUGUCAACUGAUCAUCUGCCAUUUACCAUUCUCCAGAACGGAACUAUUCUGACAACAGAGGAGCUGGACAGGGAGGUGAAGAGUGAGUACAUCUUCAGGGCAGUUGCUACGGACCAUGGAACCAUGCCACUGUCAGGGGCAGCCCAGGUCACUGUUGUUGUUGAUGAUGUGAAUGACAAUGACCCAUCAUUUGUGUUCCCAAACGAUGACAACUACAGCGUGAGUGUAUUCAUACCCUCUAAAUCAGGCAGUGUUGUGGUAAGGAUACAAGCUACUGACAUUGAUGAUGAAAGUAAUGCCCAAAUCAAAUACACAACCAGAGAUUUGAAUUCAUCCGGCUUGUUUGAAAUGAACAACACCUCGGGUGAAAUCUACACUACUAAGGACAUUGACACAAACAUGAUUGGCACAUUCUACCUGGCAAUUAUGAUUUCUAAUACAAACCCAGAUGCCAAAUCUGUCUCACAGAGACUGAAGAUAUUAAUAUCCCAUCGCACAGAGCCAGGACAUUUGUUGCCAUCUAGUGACCAGUACAUCGUCACCGUCAUUGUCCUGGUGUGUUCUACCUUGUUCAUUGCGGCAGCUAUUCUUGUGGCUUUAUGUUAUCUACGCAAGCGGGACAAGGAUCAACAGCUGAAGGAGCACUGUCAACAGGAACCAUUGAGUUACAGUAUACAGAGCUCGGUCAGCACUGUUGAUGGAGUGACCGCUGCUGACAAGGCCACCACCGGACAUCAGAGCAUCCACAAGUCUGACAAGAAAGCCGAUCUUGACACAUCUUCCAGCACUGUCAAUGGAAAAAUUAUUUCUACUGGGAAACUGGUGUCCUCCUCCCAUGACGCCCCAGCCAACACCACAUACAGCACCAGUGUAGAACAUGUUGUACCAGACCGGGAACACCAGCGCCAGAACCAACUCAUGUCCUUCCGCCUACACCAGGCGCUGCAGAGACUGAACAGUGAAACCAGCACCCUCGACCAAAACAAGAUCAUGGCGGCUAAUGCAAAGGUCAUCGAAUGGAGAGAUGCCCAGAAGCGAGCUGAUGACUUCCACAGUACCAGUUCGGGUGAAAUAACUACAGGUGACAGUGGCCAUGGGAGUGACGAAGACUCCCACAUCCUCUCCGACAGAUCCACAUCACCACAGAAAAUACGCCUUGGUAUUGGUGCCAUAAAACACCAGUCACAUCCAGGGCACAAUGCCCCUCCAAGGUCAAAGGUGUCGCCCAUUAAAGGAACGAAGAUGGCAGUUAGGGGUAGAAAUGGUCAAGUGCAUUAUCCGUCACAUUUCAAUUUGACGUCGAAGAAAGACAAUGUUGUACCAAGUGGUUACAAUCCGUAUGCAUUACAGACUUCCCCUCGGAGUGAGGAGGAUGGUGAUGACACAACAACAUCCGGCAGUUACAGCAUCACACUGGACGAUACCAAGUCCGAGAUGCCAGAUUUUGAUUAUAUGCCAGUCAAAGAUGUGUAUGUGUGAUUGAUCUCUUGUGUCUGUCAUGUGACAGUCAUGUGACUGAUUUUUCAUCAAGAAGGCUGAGAAUACUUCAGAACAGAGUAUUUCAUAGACAAGAGAUUUCAGAAGAUUGUUUGUUUCAAAUUGUGUCUCAACAUCGUUGCCUGUGAUCACAAGAAACUGUUGUUCUAUCUCUGCAAGAAGUAGGCAACGAGGAUGUUCUGUCUUCAAAACUAUCUUUACAGCAAGACAAACUGAAGAUGAACAUGUUAUCACGCCCAGUGUUAAAGACCUGAAAGGUGGACCAGUCAUGUUGAAUGUGAUGUAAGUGCCUUGUGUAUUGUCUCUUGACCAGUGGUCAUCAUACUUGUGUGCUGUUUCUAGUCCUUUCCUGCUGAAAGCAUUAAAUCAAAAUGUAAUAUUUAUUUUAUGUCAUUUCUGCAUUUCUUAUGGUGAGACAGUGAAUGGGAUACGCUGAACAGAGAGAUUGUACUCAUGAUCACUGCUCUCAGCGCUGAGACAGCAAUCUCAGCCACUCUACUUGAACAUCCCAGCUUCCCCGUGAAUGCUGUGAGAUGUUUCAUCGGAUAGUUUCUCAUCAUUUGUGCCUGGCCUGUCUGUUGUGGCAUCAUGAAGACUUUGUGUUCAAAUUUCUGGGGGGGGAGUUGGUGUGAGUAGGGGAGGGAUAUGGGAGUGGCAUUAGAUCAUCAAAUUCCAAGGGGAGGCAGUUUGUGUUAUCACAGGGUGGUGAUAAAAUGUUGUAACAUUUUUGAGCAGCUAUCGUACUGGAAUGUAGAAGAAAGUGCCUUAAAUUUUCCAAAAUGGAGAUUUAUGAUUUUACAGAAUUCCAAGGACUGUAGGAACUUAUACAUGUACAAUAUGUCCUGCCUGUAUGUGUGGUUGUCAUAGGGCCAUAGCUUGACAAGUGUCCUGCCUGCAUGUGUGGUUGUCAUAGGGCCAUAGCUUGACAAGUGUCCUGCCUGCAUGUGUGGUUGUCAUAGGGCCAUAGCUUGACAAGUUUCCUGCCUGCAUGUGUGGUUGUCAUAGGGCCAUAGCUUGACAAGUGUCCUGCCUGCAUGUGUGGUUGUCAUAGGGCCAUAGCUGGACAAGAACCAACAAUCAGAAGGAGUUUCCAUCAGCUGUGUGUAUUUGUGUUUACUAGAGUAUUUUCGUAUCACCUGUUAAGCUUGAGAAGUCAAAUUCACCUGUAUAUAUAUAUAUAUAUAUAUGUCCAUAUUUGUUGAGUUAUUGUGUAAAUAAAAGUUAUCUGGACAAUGAA